AAAAAAUCGUGUGUGGGAGUGAAGAGUGUUGACAUCGUGACGACCUGAUGGUAUCAACACGAUGGCGACUGCAUCUGUUCGCAUGUUCCGCAGGUUGGAGGGUUUGUUCUGUGUCUACAAACCUUCCGGUGUUCACUGGAAACUCGUCCGGGACAACAUCGAGACAAGUCUUCUUAAAGGUUUAAACUCUGUUCCCCAGAGGCCUUGUCCUCAGGAGGUUCGAUUCCUGGCUCAGCCGGGCGGUGACAGCGAGACAGCCAGAGGACUCACCCUGUCUGCAGCCUCUGUCCCUGCUCUGUCCAACCACCCUCUGGUCACUGGACCUGAGUUCCAGCGUGUUGGAGUGGGAGUCGGACAUCGCCUGGAUGCCUCCUCCUCUGGAGUUUUAGUUCUUGCAGUUGGGAAUGGAAACAAGGUCCUGAACGAUCUCUACAACACACGAAUCACAAGGGAUUACACCGUGGAGGGGGCGUUUGGGAGUGCCACAGAGGAUUUCUCUGACACGGGUCGUGUUGUGGAAAGAACCACUUAUGAUCACAUCACAUUGGAUAAGCUGAACAGAGUUCUGGCAAUGCUUCAGGGAGUCAAUCAAAAGACCUUGUUAAUGUAUUCCAACGUGGACAUGCGCUCACAGGAGGCCUAUGAGAUGGCUGUGCAAGGUCUACUGGGUCCGGAGGGCAAAUCGGUGCCUAUCGUGACGGGCCUGCGCUGCAUUCACUUCCAGCCUCCCAACUUCACAUUAGAGGUGCAGUGCCUCAACGAAACACAGAGAUAUUUGCGCAAAGUUGUGCACGAGAUCGGCCUGGAGCUGCGCAGCACGGCAGCGUGCACGGGAGUGAGACGGACCAGGGACGGGCCGUUCACGCUGCAGGACGCUCUGACGUGUCACCGCUGGACACCCGCUGGCGUGGAGCAGGCCAUCCAACAGUACCGCUCCAGUAAGAAAACAAAGACGCUCCCAGUCCCAGAUCAAGAAUCCAGGAUUACAACCAGUGGAGGAGACUGUGAUAGAGUCGUCCACAUGAAACCAACGAGGAAGCAGCGGCAGCAGGUAGAAGGACGAGACUUGAUGCUGGCGACUCUACGAGCACGGAGGCUGCUUCACUUUGACUUCAUCUCAGUCGGGAAAACAGAGAUUUCAAAGACCAGAUAUUCUGGUUUCUAAACGAGACACUUGAUAAUAAUUGACAUUCAUGCAUUUUUUUUUAAAUGCAAGAAUCGCUCCAGCUUUAGAGACCUGUGCUGUUAAUCUUGUUUUAAUCACCGUGCAGGUCAUUUGGACAGGUUUACCAAAUCUUCAUCUUUAAGUGGUUUAUUAUAUUAUUUUAUCUUGAAAUAAACUGAAAAGAAAUUUGCCUUAACUUUUGAAUAUUUAUUUUUGCUGCCCUGUUAUGGUUAGCACUUGUGUGUGUACAGACCAUAGAGCAGUUGUUUUUUAAAAGGGGGUUGGAGCCAUAAUUCCCCUGCGUUCUUUAUACAAAUACUCCCCCUGGUGGUGAAAGGUCAAACUUACCCGUAUUGCAAUAUUAAAUGUGUUACACCACUCAUCGCUAAGAACCAGUUAUUCAGAAGAUCAGUUGUUGAAAAGCGUUAGAAAUAAAAAAGAGCCUGAAAUCAAAUUACAUUACAUGUUCUAAUCUUGGUUUUGAUCUGGUUCCAACUCUCAGUUUGUCUUUUUAUGUUUGAACAAAGUGUUAAAGUGUCAAAUUCAUUAAUUCAAGUCAUCCUAUGUGUUUGCUCAUAUAAAGACAGAUUAGAUAAUCCCUAGUGACUGCAGGGUUUCCUCAGACCAUGGACUUCCUUGAAAGUUUGUUAAUUUGAUAUAAAAAAAAAAUUAAACAAUACCUUGAAAACCGGCAUAAAGAGACACGGGUAAAUAAAAGUGCUUGAAUUUAUGUAUUUUGUUCGAAAUAAAAAUGGAAGUCAAUCUGAAA